UCAGGAUGGAGAUACAAAUGGAUAGUAGUUAUUGGCAUAUUAUCAACUGUGACAUUAUUUUCGGUGAUUGCAUUGAUAGUCAUUCUUUUCAGGAGAAAUAGACGCAGAUCCCAACAAAACACCGAGGAGGGUUCCAGACCUGUGUCCACAACCUUGACUGCUGCUUCUCAUAGAGCAGUUUCCUUGCCCAGCCAGUAUCUAAGAGAAACUAUGAAAGGAAAUUACCGAUUUAUAGUGAAUUUGCACUGUGCAGAUGUGACAGCUUUUGAAACAGAAAGAACAAUGAUUUUUAGCCUUGAGGAGAUUGAAGAGGCAACAAAUAACUUUGAUGAAACUAAGAUAAUUGGACAGGGUGGAUAUGGAAGUGUGUACUUUGGGGUGUUAGGAGAGAAAGAGGUUGCUAUAAAGAAGAUGAGAUCCAACAAAUCCAAAGAGUUCUUUGCAGAGCUCAAGGUUUUAUGCAAAAUCCACCACAUAAAUGUGGUGGAGCUGUUAGGUUAUGCUAGUGGAGACGAUCACCUCUACUUAGUUUAUGAAUAUGUUCAGAAUGGUUCACUCAGUGAUCAUCUUCAUGAUCCAUUGUUAAAAGGUCAUCAACCUCUCUCUUGGACGGCAAGAACUCAGAUUGCACUUGAUGCUGCCAGGGGUAUCGAAUACAUUCACGACCACACCAAAGCUCGGUAUGUCCACCGUGAUAUAAAGACCAGCAACAUUCUACUUGACCAGGGGUUGCGAGCAAAGGUUGCAGAUUUUGGAUUGGCGAAGCUUGUGGAACGAACCAACGAAGAUGAUGACUUGAUAGCAACAAGAUUGGUAGGAACACCGGGCUAUCUUCCUCCGGAAUCUGUGAAGGAGCUACAAGUGACCACUAAAACUGAUAUAUUUGCAUUUGGGGUGGUUCUGGCGGAGCUGAUAACAGGUCAACGUGCUCUUAUUCGAGAUAACCGAGAACCCACCAAGAUGAAAUCACUAAUUACUAUUAUUAAUAAAGUGCUCCAAGAUGAAGAUCCGGAGACUGCUUUAGAGCAAGUGGUAGAUGGUAGUCUUCGAAGCAGCUACCCAAUGGAUGAUGUGUAUAAGAUGGCAGAGGUGGCUGACUGGUGUUUAAGUGAAUAUGCAGUGAACAGACCAGAAAUUAGAGACAUUAUUGUAACACUAUCUCAAAUUGUUAUCUCCUCAACCGAGUGGGAAGCAUCUUUAGGAGGGAAUAGCCAAGUUUUCAGUGGCCUAUUCAAUGGAAGAUAAAUAUUUCUUUUUGUGAUUGAUAU